AUGCAGAAGCGUCCGAAAGCGGAAGUGAAGCGCGUGACGGGUCCGCCCAAGCCGCCGCGUCUGAAGGCCGCGAAAAAGCAGUUGCAGUUCGAGAGUCCGCUGCCACGAAGGACACGCGCCAAGCAGCAGGACGACGAAUUGCAGAAGCAGCAUCCUCAGCAGCAGCAGCAUCAUCGGCAGAAGCCAGCCGACAAAGUCAUUGCUAUGCCGGGCAGCAGCCAGGAUGCGGACACGGAUGCGGCAGCGGAAGCAGCAGUGGACGUGCCAGAAACAGAGCCAGAGCCAGUUCCAUGGCCAGAGCCCCAUCCCCGCCCACACUCCCUAUCACACCCAGAUCCUGGCCAGCUCAGGGUGUCACAUUCACAGUCCUCCGCCGCAAAAAAGCGUCUCGCCGAGGGCUGCACCAGUCUUAUGUAUGCCUGUCAGCGGGGCGACAUUGUCCAAGUGCUCGCCCAAAUGCGCGAAAAGCCCCAAUUGCUGCGGCAGCGGGACCGAAGCCAUCGCAACGCGCUGCACUACUGUGCCGCGCAGGACGUGGAGCAGAGCAAGGACCUCGUGGCGGCCGCCAGCAUCGCGAUCGCAGCCCCCGAGCUGCUGGAGUCGGCGGACGAGGAUGGCUUCACCCCGCUCCACCUGGCCGUCAUCCAGGGCAACCUGGCCAUGGUCAACCUGCUGCUGGCGAACAAGGCCGACGUGAAUGCGGUGGACAACGAGGGCCACUCGGUGGUGCACUGGGCCACCGUAUGCGGUGAGGUAGAGUCCUUGCGAGCGGUCCUGGCAGCAGGAGCAAGUGUGGCCAAGCCGGACGCCAAUGGAGGCACUCCGCUGCACUAUGCCGCCCAAAUGUGUGGCGCCAGUCACGACAGCAAGCAGCAGGCCAGUUCCAGCUCCAGUUCGAGGCUCUCCCUGGAGAUCCUGGGCAUCCUGCUGUCCCAUCCCCAGAGCAGUGUCGAUGUGCAGGACAAGGAUGGACGGCAACCGCUGUUGUGGGCCGCUUCAGCGGGAUCGGCCAAGGCAGUGAUUGCCCUGGUUAAAGCGGGUGCCAGGGUGGAGUCAUCAGAUAAAGAUGGCCUCACUGCCUUACACUGUGCUGGUUCUCGUGGUCACACCGAAUGCAUAGACACCCUGAUAGGACUUUGUGGUGCCCCCACGGAUCUCAUCGACUCCAAUGGCUGUACGGCUCUUCACUAUGCCGUGACUUUGGGCCAUGCCGAUGCCACAGCCAGAUUGCUAGACUUGGAGGCAGAUCCCAAUCGCCAGGAUCGCAAGGGUCGCACACCAGCCCACUGCGGUUGCUCCAAGGGUCAGUUCGAGACCUUGAAGCUACUGAAGGAGCGGGGAGCAAACCUCUGGUUGCGCAAUGCCAAGGGUGAUCUGCCGCUCCACGAGGCCGCCGCCUCCGGGAGGAGGGAACUCGUCGAGUGGCUCCUCAAUCAAAGGCCCAAGCAGGUGAACACCACCAGCAAUGAUGGACGCAGUCUGCUGCACAUUGCGGCAGCCAAUGAUUACACGGAUAUGUGUAAGUUGUUGCUGGACUACGGAGCUGAUGUGAAUGCCGUGUAUCGGAAUUCGAGGGGCCUGGUCCUAACCCCAUUAGAUGGAGCCUUGCAGCGUGGUCAUCGUUCCACGGCCAAGUUCCUUCAGGCCAACGGAGGUCAGCCGGCCAACAAAGUGCGAUUGUCGAGCAGGCGGGCGGGGAAUCCCUUCCACGAGACCAAUGCCGCUGAUUUAGUGAGGCCUCUAAAAUAUGUGGAGAAGGAGGAACUGCACGACCUACGCAGCUCCAAGAAGUAUGUGGUGUAUCUAAAACGAUCCGAUUCGGAUAAUGGCAAUGGGAACGGCAAGGCCGACGAUCCCGUUGCGGACUGCAGCUGCUCGGAGCAAACUUAUCGUAAGGAGCAGCGAUUGAAGCAUGUCUGCCGGCGCCACAAAAGGAGGCAGUUGAGGAGACGCACCAGCAGUUGUGGCGAGUCCAAGCACGAGCGCUGCAGUGAGAUUUGCCGCUCCAAGAGCAACAUCGAGAUCAGAAGGCACAAAUCCCGUGAGCGGUACGCCAGUUCCAGCGAGUGGGAGGAGGAGGAUGACGAGGACUCGUGCGAGAAUUGCUGCUAUCACAAGCGGCAGAAGGAUCGGGUGGUUUCGCGCAAACGUUCCACUUCCUCCAGGAAGUCAAAAAACCGAGAAGAUAGCGACGCGGAGGAGGAGAACUACACGGCCCACUCAUCGCCGGAUAAGGCUGUGAGGAAACCCCUGACAGUAAAUGGGGAUGCUAAACCUGGUCAUCCCCAGGAGCAAGCCAAUGCUAAGGAGCGACCUCCAUCCGCCAGUAGGCAUCAAACGCCACCCACUAAAGAUGGCACCUUCAUCAAGUCACCAAACCAAAGCGCCAAGAGCGAGAAGUCCGGCCAAAUGGACAGCCUACUGGUGGAGGAGUCUCACGCCGUGGAGUUAACCGAUGAAGAACAGGAAGCGGCCAAGUCAGUGGUGACCCAGGUGGAUGUCCAUCACGAUGCGGAGGAACAGCAGACAUCGAAAUCUUCAGAGGAAUUACCGCCUGCAGAAGAGAAGGAAAAUAACAUGACACCGGAGGAACCGGAAGUCAAACUGCAACUGAGCGAGGAGGAAACUCAAUUGGUGUCCAAGGAAGUGGAGCAGGUGAUCAAGAUAGCAGCCACUGCAUUGAGCAGCGAGUCCAAGAGUUCCAGUGAGGAGAGGCCAGUGGAGAAGGAGCUGGCUAAAGAUACUGAAGCACCUGUAGAAAAGGCUGAAGACGAGGUUAGGGAAUCCCCAAAACCACCCUCUGUGCCUGCCACGCCCCCACCAGCGCCUAAAGAGGAGGCCGCUAAGCCACCGACUGCCGCAGAAAAACCACAGCCAAAUGCCAACACGGCCGAAGGGGUUGAAUCUGCGGCUUCAGAGUCAGUAUCUGCUGGCAAAAAAGCCGAGCAAAUGGAGCAGGCUGAAGCCAAGCCGAAACCCGAUACCAAUCCCACACCCACUCCCCCACCCACCGCCCCGCCCGCCGCAGAGCCGAAAAAACCGACGACCGCAGCACCAAAGCCACGCCCUCCCACUGCCCAAACGCCCACACCCACACCCACGCCCCAGCCGGAGCCACCGCAAAGGGAGCAGGAGACGAGGCGCUCCUUCACACUCCUGCCCUCCGAUUCGGCGGACGAUGACCCAGUUCCGAGCCCAAAUCCAAAUGGCCCCGCAUCAGCUUCCGAUGAGCCAGCCACCGAGCGGAAAUCGAGCUUCCAAGUGCUGAAGAGCGACGACUCGCUGGAUGAAAACGGAAAAAGACCAGCCCGGAAAGUUGACUAUGAGGCCGGUAAUCAAGUCUUUCAGGUGGUAAACGAAGGCGGUCCUGCGGUCCAGUUGCCCAGUGCCGCAGAGCUGGAGAAGAUGGAGUAUGAAUACGAGGAGUACGAUGACGAGUAUGAUGAUGAUGACAGAGAUGGCAUCGAUCCGGAGCAUGAUAGUGCCCUGCGUCGUUUUCUCACCAGCGGAAAUCGACAUGGAGUGGGUGGUUCUGGGGCAGGAGCAGGUGGAAUGGCAGCUGUCGGAGCAGCAGGCGGAUCUAUUGCAGACGACACAUCCGAGGGCAUGGGCAAUGGAAGGAAACGACGCCUCAAAAAGCGCGUGCGCAGCGGCAACAAAACGCGCAGUAAUUGGAAAAACUCUCAGGACUCACGCGAUGGCGGCAACAUGGCGGCUUUGGCCACCACCAAGGAUCAGGACUCGGGCUUCGAGCCGAGUCCACGGGCGGAGCGCAGCAAGAUACCCACUCUGCGGUCCGCCCACACCGCCCACAUGCCGCGGCGGCCCAUCUACGCCACUUUAGACGGGCGUUCGUGCAGCAGCCGGCUGGAAAACCGCAAGCCCGGCGACAAGGGCGCCUGCGAAAUGGGCGCCGUCACACGCUCCAUUCAGCGCAACAUCAGGAGAUAUUACAUGGAGCGCAAGAUCUUCCAGCAUCUACUGGAGCUCAAGUCACUGCAGAUUCGCUCCAGUAAGUUGAACGAGGCGGUGCUGGUUAAACGGGCCGUGGACGACUACCACAAGUCCUGUGUCCUUUUGGGCGGCGAAACGGGAACGCGGCUGAGGCGCUACAACUUCAGCGAGUUCACGUUCAAGAACUUCGAGCUCUUCCUCUACGAAACGCUGAAGGGACUCCAGCGUCCGGGCACCAAUAACUUCCAGAACAUCAACGAGGUGUACGAGGAGGCGGAGCGGCGACUCAGCCCGGAUUACAAUGCCUACGAGAAGGCGCUGCAGUGCACCACCAAGACGCACCGCUGCCUUCAUGCUGCCCAUGCCUACACGGGGAUCCCCUGCGCCGCUUACAUUCCCAUGAUAAAUCACCAUACGAUGCCAAAGUUCGGCUUUGGACCGUACAAGAAGACCGGCAGUGUCAGCAGCUUUUUCCUACCCAAAAUCCUGACCAGCGGUCGCGCCUCCAGCGGACGGACGGGCGGUAUGGGCGGUACGGGCGGAAGUGCGAGCGGCAGCCGCUGCAACCAUAAGGUGGCGCUGGAAUUGUCGCACGGCAAGAACAAACAGCUAAUUUCACUGCCCGCGGAAAAGUUGGACAGCAAUAAACGAUAUUACGUGACGUUCACAGUAAAGGACUCCUCGGGGUCAUCAGCGUACCAGCAGAAGUGCGGCAAUGCCGCUGGCGAUCCGGGUUGCAAGUAGUGCGCGGCGUAUACGUAAUGUGGCAUACAGUGCGUAUACGCCAUGGCCAUUGCCAUCAGGCCAUCGUCGCGGGAUCCGGACAGAGCCGCCGACCUGCGCCCGCAUCCCCAGGCUCCUUUUUGCUGUUUCUGCUGCUGCUGUUGCUCCAAAUGCAUUAAAACAAUGUCGCUGCUGC